AUGAGUAAGGAACUGAUGGAUAAACUAAAAAGAAAGAAGAAUGUCCAUGAAACAUGGAGAAAGGGCCUGUCCACCCAGGAAGAAUGUAAGAACACUGUCAGAACAUACAGGGAUGCAAUAAGGAAGGCUAAGGCCCACCUGGAAUUAAACCUUGCAAAGGAGAUGGGGUUUAUACAGAUUAAUGAGGACUUCAUAUUUAUUGAGCCACUCAAUCACACUUUGGCUGUGACAGGUCAUGCACACAGGGUGUACAGACGAAAAAGGUCCGUAGAGGAGAAAAUUACUGAAAAACCAACUUCUCAGAAUCAGUACUGUGGUGUUGUUACAGAUAAAAGAAAAUCCAAGAAUCAGAAAGUAUCAGAAAGUGGAAGAGGAAAACGAUACUCUUACAAAUUACCUCAGGAGUACAAUAUAGAAACAGUUGUGGUAGCAGAUCCAGCUAUGGUUCUAUAUCAUGGAAAAGAUGCUGCCAGAAGAUUUAUUCUAACCAUCUUAAACAUGGUUUUUAACCUUUUCCAGCACAAAAGCCUUGGACUACAAGUUAAUCUUCGGGUUACUAAGCUUGUCCUCCUUCAUGAGACUCCAGCAGAUAUGUAUAUUGGACAUCAUGGGGAAAAAAUGCUGGAAAGCUUUUGUAAAUGGCAGCAUGAAGAGUUUGGCAAGAAGAAUGAUAUACACUUAGAAAUGUCAACAAGCUGGGGAGAAGACAUGUCGUCAGUUGAUGCAGCUAUACUUAUCACAAGGUAUUAUAGAUGGAUGAGCACUAAAAAAUAAGGAAUGGCAUAGUAU